CAUUAAUUAACGCAUCCUAAAUAUUCCGAUUGAUGUGUAGUUAAUGAUAAGUACGAGUACGAUAACUCGACAGCAAAACAAUUUUUCAUUCUCAGGCAGUUAAGGCAAGAUCCUCAUUAUCUCAAAUAACCUUUAACACAAGCAUACAGAGCUUAUACAGGGUCCAUACAUGCGGAGUGCCCAGUGCUAUGUCCCUAUUGAUAGACUUCGACUGCAUUUUGUUCCAUUGGAAAGAGUACAAUGAGUACGGAGAUGAGUACCUAGUUAUUUGUUCGCUCUAUGAUGGGCCAGUUACGAUACGAUUCUGCAAUUUAGUUAGUUAAAGUUUUUAUUAGUACUCUACAGACCGCGCUUUCGGGCUGAUUCAGAUUCAACAGUGGAGUUAUGUGUGAUUUUUUUUGGUUACAUGCGUUGUGAGGGCGUUCCCAAAUGGAAGGCAAGCUCAUAUGUUUGGUUUUGGUGAUGGCCAUGAACGUUCAGACCCCCUGGAGCUCUACAGUGGACUGUCGCAGAGAGGUGAGAUGUAGGAUCAGCUACACCCAUAGAAUGAAGGCUGCAGAUUGCUUCAGGAAAGAGUUCAAGGAGUUUCCUAAGUGUUUGCCUACUGAUAUAGAGGUCCUUGAACUUACUUACAACCGGAUCAGGACAAUCACGAGAGAUGACCUGAGCAAGUUCAGCUACCUGAAGUUCCUGUACUUACAAGACAACCUAAUCACAGAGCUUGAUGAUGACGUAUUCAGUGACAUGGACGAACUGAUGACUUUGGACAUAUCCAUUAACGCUCUGAGGAAUAUUCCUGCCACUGUCUUCCAGUUGCCCUCUUUGAAGACUCUUUACUUGAGCCAGAAUCGCAACAUCAACAUCAUAGAUGCUCUAGAAGGAGUAAAACCCAUCAACAGUCCUUUGACCCAAGUAGACAUCAGCUACACAACUCCAAAGGACGACGUGGUUGAGUUUCCAGAUUUUGGACCAAUGCCUUUUUUGGCAUCUUUGAACAUAUCAGGAAAUCAGUAUUAUUCUGUAAAGCCAAAGCAUUUCGUCGGAUUGUGCAGAUUGCAAAAGUUGGUUACAGAUAAUGUGACAAUUGAUUUUGAUACCGUUUGUGACUGUUGGACCGUCAAUAAGUGGUUAAUGGACAUGGAAGUUAGGUUUACACCUUUCCAUUGCAGUGGAUCGAGAAACAAGUGUGUUGACAUAACCAUUGCAGAAGAAGACCUGAAGGUGUUCAAGCAAUGUAACGCCGUUAUCGAAGAAAUCCAAAGACAACAUAAGAUGUACCAGCUUUCCGUAGGCUUGAUAGCAUUCUUCAUAAUACUGCUCUUGUCCAUAACACUAUAUUUUACAGUGUUUAGAAAGCAUUUUAAGAAUCGCUGCUGCAGGAAUAAGUCGAAAAAGGGCAAUGCUAAGCGCGAAUCUAUCCCGGCAAACUCUACGUUGUUAACCAACAUACCAAAGAGUGUGCCAAAUGAAUACGUAUUGUGAUACCUUCAACGAAAUAUAGUUAUAGAAGUUUUGAGCUCUUAUGAUGUGGGUACAUGUUUACAGCACAAACAUAAUCAGAAAGUACUUGAAGUAACGAACGCACAAACUUUUAGGGCUGACAGUUGAUAUAGGUAGGUAAAAUCAAAAUUAUGAGGCAUACAUUUAAUAUAUUUUGAAAGAGAGAGGCCUUGUUGUAUAUGAGGCUUCCUUAUUUAUAUACGUAUAUAUUAUACUAUAAUUUUGCAGGAUGUUAAUCCGCCUCCUUCAAUCUGACCAAUAAACUUUUCAGAAAAUGUAAAACACAUUUAAAAAGACUACAUUGUCGACCACACUUUCUUUCGAUUUUGUUGGCCUUGAGAUGUGUGACCUUUCUUAUUAGUCAAUUGAAAAGAUGGAUCAGAGAGUUAAAGACAACUACCUCUGUAAAAGAAUUCACUCAAAAUACGUGACACCUAACAACACUCACAAGCUACGCGUAGAUGAAUAUGUUUAAAUCAAAUUCUUACAAAUGCUUAACAUAUUUUAUUAUUGUAUACAGUGUGUCCCAGAUUUGCUUCUCUAUACAGGGAUCUCGGCUCCUGUUAUACCUACAGCAAAGGUUAAAUGGGGAAAGUUUUAGAGGAAUCUUAGUACUUUUGACAGCCGGCUUCGUAUUCACGAUCGGUCCAUUGGUUUUGAAAAUAUCAGCGAAAAACUGAAAAUGGUGGAAUUUGUUUUCUGCCAGCAAAUCCAAAACGGUUAAUUUGACAGCUGUUAAAAUGUGACAUUAUUCGGACAUGUCUCAGUUUUCCAACAACCCGCCUCAACUUCCAUUUUUCUUAUUAUGGCCGCCAUAUUGGAUUUUUGAAUUUUUGAAAAGAGUGAUGUCUCACGAGUGCAUAAAGAAUGCAGUAUCACCAAAAAAUCAUCACACGUAAAGUUAUGUAUUGUUUUUUUUCUAAGGAUUCCAUGAUUUAUUUGUCAGAAACAUUAAUGAGUAAGGCAUAAAAAAGAUCGCUCUCUAGAUAGAUUAAAUUGUGUCACCAAAACCACUGCGAAAAAAUGUCGUCAAGUAGAUUGACUCUAUACUUCCUCCUCCUCCUCCGAUAAUAUUCAAACUUCGGUUCACAAGUCUCCUGUUGUCUAAAGAUAUCUGCAUCACACAAGUCCGUAUUUCUCAUUUAUUUCGAUGUGUCAGUUCAUGUCUGUUGUAUAAUAAAACGUCAUAAGUAUUGAGUCGAACUACUUGACGAAAUAUUCAGAGAACCAUCAAUAGAUGGAGUAGCACAAAUUAAAGGCUAGACAGUACAAAUUGAUGGAAAUCAAAAAUACGAUUUAAUCGAAAAAAUCAUAUUCUCUCUAAAAACAAUCGUGUUUUUGCAACACUAAAUAGGUGCAAAAGAUAUUUACCUCGAAAUAAAAAUCUGUACGAGUUAAAUCGAAUUUUUUCCACUGCUCUUAUCGGCAGAAAUGGCUGAUUUGUAAUGGAUGCGAGUAUUGUUUGCAAAAUAUAGCUGCAAAAUGCAAAUAAAUAAGAAACACAUUAAAUCCACCAAUACAAAUCGAAGAGUUUAUUUCUGCCCACUUCUCUCGCGAAACAGAAAAAACUCGUUGGAACGCUCUUAUCAGCAAACAGAAUUAGUCCCACAAAAAAUGUUUUAACGCUGAUUGGUCAACCAAUACGAUUAACGUCUGCAGAAUAUUUUAUUCCAUGGACGCUCUGCUAGGUGUACGGCUUGUAGGCGGGUCUUUCGUGGUUUUUUAUUUCUCACAAGAUAUUAUUGGUUAUUUAGAAUGCACUUUGCUUGCUAUCAUGUAGGAAACGUUGGGAUAGGAUUUUCAAAAUACGCUGACAGUGGAGAUUUUGGUAUUUGUCGCGACAGUUGAUUAUCAUAGUAUGUGUUUUCUUUCUAUAUUGUGGUUCAUAAUUAUGUGAUGCUGAGAGACUGGAUUCACAUUCGUAUAUAGACAGUUCUAAAAUGUGUACGCUCAAAAUAAAACCAUUAUUUGGACGUAGAGAAUGAACUAGCGCAUAUUUUCAAGAUGAAUCUUAGUUCAAGGGACGAUUUAACAUGUUGGCAAUGCGGCAGUGUCGCGUCAGCAUUGCUGUGCAACGCGGUGAUGAGCUUUGCUAUCCAUUUCUAUCUCUGUCUAACAUAUGACACACUUCUCUCUCAUACCUGUUGAACUCAAGCCGUCAGACAAGUUUGGUUUUCCCUGUAUACGGUGUGUCCCAGAUUCGCUUGUCUAUACAGGGAUCUCGACUCCUGUUAUACCUACAGCAAAGGGAAGUAUUAGAGGAAACUUAGUGCUUUCAGUCUAUUCAUUCUGAAAAUAUCAGCGAAAAAUCGAUAUUAACGUUAAUAUUAUAUUGAAAACUCAAGACGUUUAUGUGUUGUAUGCCUUACUCAUUAAUUUUAUUUUCUGACAAAUAAAUCAUGGCCACCUUAGAAAAAUAUUAAUACAUAUCGUUACGUGUGAUGAUAUUUCGAUGACACUCCAAUCUUUUAUGCAAUUGUGAGACAUCACUAGGCUGGACAUUUUACGCUGUUUUCAAAAAUCGAAAAAUCCAAUAGGGAGGCAUAGAGACAACUGGAGACUGUGAAACUUAUAUUAAUGGCAGCUACAGACUUUUUAUGGUAAAUAUUGUUCGACGUUGACAGUGACAUGUCACGCAACUGAUGGAAAAUAGUGACAUUUGUAGGAACCUUGUACCUUAAAGCGAAAUUUCUUACCAUUUUGUCAAUUGUCUGCAAAUAGUACUAGCUAAAUUGUUAAAUUAUUAAACGUUUGUUGAGUUUAAAAUGUUUUGGCGAUAAAAAAUGUGCUGCAAACUGUCGUAUUCCACUGAUUAGGAGUCCUAUACUGAUAGUAUUGAAUUGUUGACAAGCGUAAAGCAUAGCUUUGCGUCUCCUAUAUUUAGUUAAGUUUGUGAUAUUUCAUGUUUUAUAACUUUUAUACAUAAAUAAAGAAUUUUAUGAAAACCA